ACGCAUGCGCAGUAGCAUAAUACCGGCGGACACUUCAGAUCAGUGGCCCGAACGACGAGGGGAUAAAACGAGACGUUUUUACAGGCUACACCAUGAGUCAAGGAAAAGACAAUGCACGACUCCGCAGCUAUAAGAACAAAUCGCUUAACACAGACGAGAUGAGGAGGAGGAGGGAGGAAGAAGGCCUGCAGCUGCGCAAACAGAAGAAAGAUGAGCAGCUGUUCAAACGGAGGAAUGUGGCCACAGUGGAGGAAGACUUCACGCUGGAGGAAGAUGGGAUGUCUGACAGCGGCUACCUGGAGUCCCAGGCCAAUAACAUGGAACAGAUCACAGGUGGUGUUAUAUCUGAGGACAUGACCCAGAUGAUCUUCUCCAGCUCUCCAGAACAGCAGCUUAUGGGAACACAACGCUUCAGGAAGCUUUUAUCUAAAGAGCCCAACCCCCCUAUUGAUGAAGUCAUUGCCACACCCGGUGUAGUGGAGUGCUUUGUGGAGUUCCUGAAAAGGAAGGAGAACUGCACACUACAGUUUGAAGCAGCGUGGGUCUUGACAAACAUCGCCUCUGGCACAUCUCACCAGACACGCGUGGUGAUCCAGGCUGGUGCUGUGCCCAUCUUCAUAGAGAUGCUCAGCUCUGACUUCGAGGAUGUCCAGGAGCAGGCGGUGUGGGCGUUAGGGAACAUUGCAGGAGACAGCACAGAGUGCAGAGACUAUGUGUUGGAUUGCAACAUCCUUCCCUCACUCAUACAGCUCUUGACCAAACAGAAUCGCUUGACUAUGAUGAGAAAUGCAGUGUGGGCUCUGUCUAACCUCUGCAGAGGCAAGAACCCACCUCCAGAUUUCACCAAGGUGUCACCAUGCCUCAGCGUGCUCUCCUGGCUGCUCUUUGUGAACGACACAGACAUUUUGGCUGAUGCAUGCUGGGCGCUCUCCUACCUGUCUGACGGUCCCAAUGAAAAGAUCCAAGCUGUUAUAGACUCCGGCGUCUGCCGUAGACUGGUGGAGCUGCUACUACAUUCGGAUUAUAAAGUUGUCUCUCCUGCUCUUCGGGCCGUGGGGAACAUUGUCACAGGAGAUGACGUCCAGACACAGGUGAUCCUGAACUGCUCUGCCCUUCAGAAUCUCCUUCACCUGCUAUGUAGCCCUAAGGAGUCCAUUAAGAAAGAAGCCUGUUGGACAAUCUCCAAUAUUACUGCUGGUAACCGAGCACAGAUCCAGAUGGUGAUAGACGCAGGUUUGCUUGUUCCUCUUAUUAAGAUCCUUCAGGUGGCUGAGUUCCGGACGAGGAAGGAAGCGGCGUGGGCCAUCACCAACGCCACGUCCGGGGGCUCUGCUGAGCAGAUCAGGCAUCUGGUGGAUCUGGGUUGCAUCAAGCCUCUCUGUGACCUUCUGACCCUGAUGGACUCCAAGAUUGUGCAGGUGGCACUGAAUGGCCUGGAGAACAUCCUCCGACUGGGAGAGCUAGAGGCCAAGCGAGGAGGAGGAGGAAUCAACCCGUACUGCGCCCUCAUCGAGGAAGCAUACGGUCUGGAUAAGCUGGAGUUCCUGCAAGGCCAUGAGAAUCAGGAGAUCUACCAGAAGGCAUUCGACCUGAUCGAGCGCUACUUCAGCCCCGAGGACGAGGAUCCCGCCUUGGCUCCUGCCGUCGACCUGCAACAGCAGCAGUUCCUUUUCCAGCAGUGUGAGGCUCCCAUGGAGGGCUUCCAGCUCUGAGCACCUGAAAAGCCUCAGCAGAGAGAGUUAUUAAUAUCCAUACUGAUUCUAAAGAGUGUGACGUUGCAAGAGCCUGUGUUGCUGGUCGACUUCCUUAACUUUAACCUUGACCUUGACCUUGACCUUUUCUGCUCCCUUCACACCUCCUGUCACUGGUUUUGAAGAACGGCUUCAGGAAAACGGAACCAGAUCGAUCCAAAUAAACGAGCACCAGAGCAGCUCUGGAACUCCUGAAAGACUCCCAUAUUGGCCACCUUGCGUUAAUUCCUACACAGAAGGAAAAGGACAAGAUUCCCCGUCCAGUAUAAACAAGCAUCAAGAUGAAACGCUGCAUCCAGCUAAGAGUCGAUUAGAAGCUGGGUGUUGACUGCUUAUACGCACAACCUUGUUGCAAUACGGACGUCUUGCGACGGACGGCCUGUACGCGAUUCUUUUUUUCAUUCGUUCAGAAACACUGGACUGACCGUGUGACUGUGUGUGUGCCUGGUAGUGCGCAUAACAAAAAAACAACAAAAGAGAGGCACAACUUGGCCAAGUCUGCCCCGAAGACUGAAAAGAUUUCAGCACUUUUCUCUACUCAUUAGACCCAGACUGCCUACAAAUGAGGGUAGCUCUUGCUGACGGACAGAGACAGGAGUCCAGACUUUGUGCGACUGAUUGUGUGCCGCUUAACUGACAUUGUCAAAUGUCAUUCUCAUGCAUUCCUACGACGACUGUGCAGGCUUCUCAAAAUGACACGUUUGCACCUUCUGGGAGUCGGAAUCUCCCUGUGCACUGAGACAAAGACGAACUGUGUUUAAUUUUUUUUUUUUCUUCCCUUUUCCUCGAGACACUGCUCCAGACCUUUCGGACUUAAAGAGGACAAAUCCACGUGAUUAUCAUCCUUUAUCAUCAGCAGCACUUUAUGUUCAGGACACAACACUUUUGGUUCGAAUGGAAACCAUUUAUUUCUUUCCAUGCAGUACUUGGUUCUCCGCUCCUCAGGAAAUGAGACGAGAAAGGCUUGUGAUCGGUGUACAGCCCCGGAUCGCAGGAUCUUCUGUACACACUAAACACCGGAGUGAAAUUUCACGGCUGAUUAGCUUUCCCCCCUUCUGAAUCUUCCUCCACUACUCGGACUCUCGAUGACAUUUAGCGAGCUGAAAUCUUAGCUUCUCGAUGUGUGUGAUACACACGCACACACAAACACACACACUUUAACAUGACUGAUCUCGCUAAUCUCAGACCCCAUGUUCAGAUGACCCCAUAUAUUAGCAUCAGUAAUUAGAGUGACACGAGGAAAAAAAAAACAUUUCUUCACGUCUUAUUUUUGGGGUUGAAGUCUGUUAGUACCGACUGUGCCAUAAUCCUUAUGUGAAAUUAAGAUUUACAACCCAGCAGCAAUUAAGAAGGCAAAACCAUGCAGAAAUCAAUCCAAAAUUGAGCUUGAAGCAUACUGGGGAUUUUGUUUGCUAAAAAAAAAAAAAAAAGGUUUACUAGGUUUGUUUUCUUUCUUUUUUUUUUUUUAUGUCGGAUUCUCCCUGUGAGAGAUGACCAGCUCUUCAUUUUCAAUACUGCUGUUGUAUUGAGAUUGUGUAACUGUUCUCUGUUAAGCCAUUUGCAUAAAUGCUGUUUCAUGAGUUCCCGUGGCUUUGCUCUUUUCUGCACAUCUCCGUUCAUGACGGUGUCACCAGGUUGCCAUCCAUAUAAAAAUUCACCCGCUAUUUUUUUUUUUCUCCCAUUGGGAUCCCAAGUUUGAGCCGCACUCAAACACGACUCUCGUCAGCCUGCAACUUCCUUUUCAUCUGUCAGGGUUCGAUUCAGGAGAAGAAACUGGACAUAACAUUAAAGAUACUUGUAAUUCAAAAGUUACUCACAUUUUCAGGUAGCUGAAGGAAAUCCUUGUCUGAGAAUUAAUUACUAAAUAAGGUAAAGCUAAGUGUUUAUGACAAUUCCGUAAUAUUAUUUAUUUAUAUUUAUAUGAUAUUAAUGUCAGACUAAAGGGUCAUGAUAUGCAGAAAUACCAUAUGAUAGAAAGAAAUACAUGAUCACAAUAUGUUAGAAUAAAGUUUGCCAAAAAAAAAAAA